GUUUUUUUUCCUUCCAAAACUAGUGGUCCGCCCCCUCAUUCCGAAUUUUCAGGAGAAAGCCCACCAAAAAGAAGCUAGAGGAGAGGUUGCCCGUGGCGGGAGGUCCCACGACAACAUUCAGACCCUGGAUGUUGGGGAAAUGGAAGGCGAAGAAGGGCUUCGGGGCAUCUCCCGGUUGCCGCCGGGGCGUGGCCAGGUCCCCCCGACCGAGAGAGGCGCGGGGGAGGAUGAACGGCAAAGCUGGGCAAGGCAAGGCAAAGCGGGGAACGGAUUUGGGUUGGGACCGAAAGGAGGCGAAGCGACGCUUGCCAAUCCAGCCCGACCCCCUACCCUCCUUCCCUCCCUCCCUCUCUGCCGGCUCCUCGUGCUUCGCGCCAGGGAAAUCCGCUAUGGGCACCGGUGCGCCGCGGAGCGCUCCCACCUCAGCUUUCGCUUUCGUCCUCCAGAGGCUGCGCCCCCCAGUGUUCGCCGGACGCCACCGCCAGGUAGGCAGCCAAGAUCUCUGGAUCAGUAAGGGAAGACUGUCGAGGCCUUUGUGUCAAAGUGGAAGGUGAUCAUUGCAAAGACCAGCUGCUCCAGAGCAGCAUGGGACAAGGAGUCCUGUGAAGGAAGCUGACUGAAGCUCCUUAGGGUCUUUCUGAAGUUGCCCAUGAUCUGUGACUGUGCUGUGCUUUUGUCUCGCUAAGAUGUCUCUGCCGCCAAACCUUACACAGCCUGUGUAUCAGCCACAGCCCUCUAACUCAAGUGGUGGUCUGCAGGGCUUGAUCAAUAUGAUGCACUCUUUUCUGGGGCUGGUGCAACCCAACAAAUUCCCAACAGAUACUCUAACUCGCCUGAUCAAGCAUCAAGUUGAUGUCAAAGACACAGAGUUCCAUAAGGAGGUGCUUAUAUACGAGGCAGGCUUCCUGGUUUGUGCUGCCAUUGGCCUCCUGUUCAUCUUCCUUGUGCCCCUCGUGGGCUUGUGCUUCUGCUGCUGCCGUUGCUGUGGACGUUGUGGGGGUUUCUUGUACCAGAAGCAAACCAAGCACACUGAUUGCAAGAGGCAGGCCUUCUUUGCAUCUGUGCUGGUUGUCACUGCCAUUCUUCUAGCUGGAGACAUCUGUGCCUACGUGAGCAACCACCGCAUAACCCAGGGUGUAGACAGAAGCUUCAGCAUUUUUAACAGUACUAUAGACAAUCUGCAGACCUAUCUGGAAUCUAUCCCUCAGGAAAUUGAUGAGAUUCUUGACAGUAGUUCAGUGCCACUGAAUAAAACAAAUUCAAGCCUGCUGAACAUUGGAGCCACUUUAGGGAAGAAUAUCAAGGUUCAAAUUGGUGGGGCAGCAGAAAAAGCUCUGAACACAACUGAACAACUUAUUGGAGAAAUUGUCAGAGCGGAGCAGGAACUUAAGAAUGUCAAUGAGUCGGGCCAUCGCUUACAGGAACUACAAAAGGAGCUAAGCCGAAAUCUGACUACUUUGAGGGAUAAAAUCAAUGAAACCUUGAAGAAAUGUGGCAAACCUUGCCAGAAUGUAUCAGUGGACAACCUGACGACUGGGGCAAAUUUCAGCAUGGUACCUAAUGUCAGCGAUCCACUUCAGCUGCUAACUGAUCUGAUGGCGUUAGACCCCAAAGCUACUAUUGCAAAGGCAAGGAAAACCCUGAGUGAGAUUCCAAUGAAGGUGACUAACCAAACAGAAACGGUUGUGUCUGAUGCACAGAGUCAGUUGCAUAAUGUGAAGCAGCAGAUUGAUGAUAUCCGUGGCAAUCUUUCCCUUCUGGACGCAAUGAAGAACCUCUCUGAGUUCACAAAUGAUCUUGUUAAGGCGGCGAGUAGCUUUGAGCCGGAUGUUGUCACCUACGAUAACUACAGGUGGAUUGUUGGUGUUGUGCUCUGCUGUCUGGUGCUUUUGAUAACUGUUCUCAAUGUGUUAGGCCUUUUGUGCGGAGCUCUUGGGCUGGACCCCCAGGAGCUGCCUACCAGGCGGAGCUGCCUCUCCAACUGUGGUGGACUCUUCCUUAUGGCGAGUGUUGGCUUCAGUUUCCUCUUUGCCUGGCUGCUGAUGCUCCUAGUUCUGCUAACAUUUUUAAUAGGGGGGAAUGCAUAUACGCUGGUGUGCCGGCCCUGGAACAAUGGGCAUCUCCUUGAGUUCCUGAGCACGCCAGGAUUGUUCCCUGAAUUAAACCUGACUCGUCUCCUACAGCUGAAAAGUUCUGAUGUGACCCUGUCCAGCUUGUACAUGGACUGUGAGAACAAUGCCCCCUUGUGGAGUACCCUUCAUCUGGACGACAUGGUCUCUCUAGAUGAAUUUCUCAACAUCAGCAAGUACACAAGUGAUAUUGAUGCAACCUUGAAUAAAAUAAAUAUCAGUGUGGACUCUACUGCCCUCCUAAGUGACAAACAGAAACAUCUCAUCCAAAACCUGAGCAAAACGGAUGGGCCAAUGCAUAUGGACUUUGCUAGCAUUCUGGAACAGUUAAACAAGAACAUGACUGGACAAGACCUGUCUGCUUUGGCUAAUCAACUGGACGCUCUGGCAGGAGAACCAAAAGAUGAAAACCGUACUGAGCUGCAGCAGCAGGCUGAUGAGCUGAGAGCAAUCCAGAGAUAUAUAAAUGCCAAUUUUAUUCCAGAGAUUCAAAACCUGAACAGCAGCAUCCGGAGUUUACAGAAUUCUAUGCCGCGGAUUCCGGAGCUGGCAAAAUCCACACUGUUGCAAAUAGAGGAAGCACAAACGUUUAUGAUGAAGAAGACAGAGGAAGUGGUCAAAAAUGAGACUUCAACUUUUGUGCACUCUAUACUGGACUUAUUUACGUCAUAUCUGGACUGGGCCAAGGCCAAGAUAAAAGAAGAAGUGGGUCGUUGUAAGCCUGCAGCCUGGAUAGUGGAUAACUUGAAUACCGUUUUCUGCAGCUACUUUGUUGAUUCUUUGAACGCUUUCUGGUUCAGUCUGGGUUGGUGCACUGCCUUUCUACUUCCAAGCAUCAUUUUGGCUGUGCGGCUUGCCAGGUUUUAUCGCAGAAUGUUUGCAGAUGACCUCUACGAGGAUGAUGAUACAGAAACCAUGGAAUUAUCAAGGCAAAGCAUGUUCAAAAUGCCCCGGGCAGAGCUGAGGAAGUAGCACGCUCUGCCAAACCUAUCCGUCUCUGAGCAGCACUGACGAUGACACAUGAAUGUCUGGAGAACUCCUUGAUCUCUCUUGCCUCUUCUUUCUGGAGCACGAGGAUUUCUGCACUGCAGCAGAUUAUUCCUUUCUAGGACCAAAAUGCAAACAGCAGCCUUUUUCUUACCAAAGAAACAAGUCCUGACACCCAAAAGGGCAGGUCUGACUGCACUCCCAGUAUUCAGUCUCACCCAAGUGUGAGCCACAGUCUUCUGACCUGUUGUAGAGAUGAGGCUUGCAAUCUCUGCAUUAUGCCCUUUCUGAAAAGUCAUUAUCUUGCCAUUGGGACUGGGCUUCUUAUGUAGCAGCUGGCUGAUAAGAUACAUGGUUGAAUGUAAGUGACUUAAUUUGCAGAGCAAAUUUGCUUGCUCCUCCUAAUGGUGUUGACUGCAGUGCAUACUCUUGUAUUCACCGCAUCUAGAAGAAUUGAAAAGAGGCUUCUGUUUAUUUUUAUCUAUGGGCAUUGAUUUGAGAGGUGUCUUCUGCCGUCUAUCUCUAAUGACUCUAGGAUUUUGAUUGGCAAUGAGUGACACUGGCCGGGAAUGAUUGUGACAGUCUAUAGCAUUAUGGGAAGUGUCAUAGGACAGUUCUUCUUCAACCCGCAGGGAUAACCAACUUUAGUCUUAGAUGACUUAUUUAUUUCUUUGGUUCUUGAAAUGUAUCUAAUGAGUGCUAAUUGGAGUUGCUUAAAAAUCUAAAUAGUGCCUUAUUAUACGAGAGAAAGAUUCCCAUAGCCCUAUAUUCUUUGCAGAAAUCUCGGAAACCAACAUUUAUUAGAAUGCCAGUUUUCUGUCCACGACUUUUGAGCCUACUACUGAAAAGCAAGGGGCAAGUAUAAACAACAACUGAAAACCAACUGUACAGUUUGAUUAAUCUUUGUGUCCAGAAAGCAAACAUUUCUUAGGAUAUAGCUGGAGCACCUUUUUUCAUGUUGCACUUUGUGCCUUUGCUGUCCUAUUCUGGAUGGACCUCUGUAUUCUGAAAUCAUAGGUGCCUUUCCCCAAAUAACCCUUCCUUCACAAACUUCAAAAUUAGUUUGUUUUCAAAAAUAAUGUUGAAUUUAGCAUUGUGCAAACACUGUAUUUUCCCUCUAAAAUAUUAGUGAAUAGUAAUAUAAUUAAAACUGGCUUGGACAUCAGCAUUAGAAAUUGAUAGGGUGCUGAAGCUAAAUAAUGCUAUAUGUAAAAGAUGCAAGUAAUAGAAGCAUUGGCAUUGCAGUAGUGCAACAGACUUCCACUUUAAGACCAGAAUUUAUGAGUUACAAGCUUUUAGCACAGGGGAGUGCAGCUUGCCACAUGUUACUGGCUUCCAGCAUCAGUGUAGAAUGCUGGGAGUGUUACACUUUGCAUACCCCUGUUCUGGCUAAAAACAAGCCAGAAGUAAUCUCUAACAGUAGAUGUAAGGUCCUCUGAGAUUCACAGCACCUCCUCCUUCUGCAACAACUCUAUAUGGAGCAACAUCACCCAAAAUGCUGACUAUGCAUACUUUUAAUUUUUUUUAUCAGUGUAUUGGAUUUGAUUAAUGUACAUAGGUCAUAAAGUUCUUUAAUAUUAUCUAUUAUUACAGUGAUGUAUUUUCCUAAAUAGAAAAAUACCC